UUCGAAUAUUCACGGUGAUGGAGACUCGGACUGCGUACGUCGCCGCCAGUAGCGCGCUCUUCGCCGCGGCACUGUGUAUACUUGGCAUGUGCGGCGUCCGCCAUGUUCGAAACCCGUGCAUGCACAUGCGACCGAUGCAGACGCUGUUCGUGCGCCUCGACGUCGGUUUUGCCAUCUACACCUUGCUCUUCUACCUCCGCGUCAUCUUUGCCGAAAACCAAGUGUUUGAGCCCAUCUCGCAGUGCCUGUUUUCGAUUGUCGAAGGCAUCACGAUAUUCUCGUUCUUCAACAUGAUGCUCCUCCUAGUGGGCGGCACCGCCGCGGCCGUGGGCUACAUGAACCAAGACGACGACGAGUCCAACGAGAGCUGGUUGGUAUCGCCGUACAAGCAGACACUGGAUCGCUUUCGACGCCGACUCAUUUCGUUCUUGUUCAUCAAGCCCGUCUUGGCGGCGGUCGAUGGAUGGGCCGUGAACCGCCAAACUCGAAACCCCUUGACCGAUGCGUACCGCGUCGUGCACAGUGCGAUUGCCAUCGCGAUGAUCGUUCUCACGGUGCUGACGUUUCUUGGUGUCCUCCAAACAUACAAACAGCUCAAGGCGCACAUCUCUGGCUCGUUCAAACUCACUGCGAAGUUCGUCGUGGUCAAGGGCAUGCUCCUGCUGUCCACGUUGCAGUGGUCCGUCGCCAACACCGUCGUCCGCCACUGGACGCCCAUCGACCUGUACCUUUACUCGACCGUCUGCGUCGGCGAAGCGCUGGUUUUGGCCGUCACGUACUUCUUUGUGUUUACAGCCCAAGAACCUGACGUGCCCCAUCUCGACUCGGACGCGGCGCCAUUUCGACUUGGGUCCGUCGCUGCAAUAUGGGACUUGUUCGAGUACCCCGUGGGAAAACACGUGACGUACACAGCCGCCUUGUAAAUCAACAACUACCAACGAUGAAAGACGAUGAAAGGUAUAAUAAUAGAAAUCCAAAUAUUUUUUACAAGU